CCUUUCAAAAGAACGAGAUGCAAAGGGAGUUGAUGCACAGAAACAUCGAAGGCAAUUAUAUUUUUGAAGACAAAAAGCAAAGGUCAGAAUGUUUUCAUUUUUUAAAGGCGCUGUCGAGCUCUGGGAGGUGCUGAAAUCUCUUUACGCUCCUUUCCGCGUGAUUGGCAAACUUGACAGUGAUUGACAGGCAUCCAUGGCAACCACUCAGCCAAUCUGCCAAGUCCAAUAGAAAAUCAGCAGAGGGCUGAAUGUCUUUUUUUCUUCAAAAAUCUCAUCUCGGGUCUAGUUGUAUACUCUCGUACUUGCAAUCUGCGAAGUUCAACCAUAGAGGCUGCUUUAGCCAGCCAGAGGGCAUCGUUCCUCAGUGUUUUUAACGGUUGAUCUGUUAACUUUGGGAUUGCCUUUUUGUCUGCAUCCGAAAGAGAGAAAGGAUAAGCGAGAGAGUGGGAUUGGGCGCGAGUGCGAGAGAGCGACAACAGCGGGAAAAAAGAGAAGCAUCCAUGUUUCAGCUUCCUAUCUUGAAUUUUAGCCCCCAGCAGGUAGCGGGGGUUUGUGAGACUUUAGAGGAGAGCGGAGAUAUUGAACGUCUCGGUCGCUUCCUCUGGUCGCUGCCCGUCGCCCCAGCAGCCUGCGAGGUCCUCAACAAGAAUGAGUCGGUCUUGAGAGCGAGGGCCAUAGUGGCCUUCCACACUGGGAAUUUUCGAGAGCUUUACCAUAUCCUGGAAAACCACAAGUUCACCAAAGACUCACACUCUAAACUGCAGGCCCUUUGGCUGGAAGCACACUACCAGGAGGCAGAGAAGCUGAGGGGCCGCCCGCUAGGACCGGUGGACAAAUAUCGGGUAAGGAAGAAGUUCCCUCUGCCCAGAACAAUUUGGGACGGGGAACAAAAGACACACUGCUUCAAAGAGAGAACCCGGCAUUUGCUCAGAGAAUGGUAUCUGCAGGACCCUUAUCCGAACCCUAGCAAAAAGCGGGAGCUUGCACAGGCUACGGGACUUACUCCCACACAAGUGGGAAACUGGUUCAAAAAUCGCAGACAAAGGGAUAGAGCGGCAGCAGCAAAAAACAGGCUUCAACAGCAAGUCCUGACCCAAGGUUCGGUUCGGUCUCUGGCUGAAGAGGACGUUGCAGUGGACCGACUCGGUGCUGCGUCCAGCCCUGAAGCUAGUUUGUCCAGCAAAGCCGCCGCCUCGGCAAUAUCUAUCACUUCCAGCGACAGUGAAUGUGACAUCUAACGCAGGCAGCCCGAAAGAGAAAGAGAACGCGAGCAAAACAGUGGAGAUAAAAACAGACAAUCUAAAAGAAACAAUAACAGUGCCUGCAUUUAAAUAUACAAAUGGUAUUCUUAUUUGAAGGCUGCCAAACCGCGAGGGAUACACGGGAACGCCCUGUCUUAAAAUGUAAUUUUAUUUCAUUUUUCUUAACGGAUGACUGAACUAAAUAACAAAAAAAAAAGAAAGAAAAAAAAGAGACACAAACAAAAAAUGACAUGACAUGAAAAUAAACUGAAGAAGAUAAAUAGGCCUUCACGGUCCCUUUUUCGGAGGUGGGAAAAGUUGAUGAAAAAAAUGUUGAGCGCCUGCCCUGGUUUUCUGUGGGUAUUUCAUGUUGAAAAAGACGCUGUGAUAUUUUACUUUACUUUUUAAAGUUUUAUAAAUAAUGUUUAUUUACUUAUUUAAAUGAUUGGCUCUGUUAGGUUUGGUCUUUAUUUGCUUGAUGUUUUUAAUAUUUGCCUCGUGCACAGGUGAACCGUAGCAAUGCGCUGAAUAGUUGAAAUAUGUUUCAGUAAAA